AUGCAAAUCUUCCUUAAACUACCUAAAGAGUUAUUGUCAUUAAUCGUUAGCCACAUUGAGGAUGAGUCUAUAAUUAAAAGCUUAAUUACUAUUCCAGGUUUACAACAUAUUGCUUUAAACCAAAUAUAUCCAAAAUUUGAAAUAAAUAAAAAGAACAAAUCAAUUGAAACGUUAUUGGGGCUUUUUCAAGAGUAUAAGUUUGUACCUUCAGUAAUAAUUGGAAAUGUUAAUCAAGUCAAUCAAUUAAUAGAUCAACCUGCGUUUAAAUUGGCCAAAUAUGAAGUAGAGAUUGCACAGGGUACUAGAUUCAGUGAUUUUGUUUCAAUUCUGGAAAAAGCUUCCGUGGUAGGUCUUCAUUUAGAUCAAUAUUUGAAACCUUUAGUCAAAGUUUUAGAAAACAAUGAAAUUCGAUCAUUUCUUGAUUAUGUUGGAAAUAAUGAUUUACUAUCUUUAACUAUAUCCCAUUUGAAUAAAUUUAAAUUUCAAAUUCCAAACUCAUUAAAACAAUUGACUAUUAGCGGAGGUGGAAUUUUUGAAUUGAAUUUGAGUGACUUACAAAACCUUGAGUCUUUUAGUUGCCGAGAUCUCCGUCAGACGAAUACGUUAGAAAGUUUGCAACUUACCACGUCUAUCAAACAUUUAAGACUUGUUUACUGUGACUUUAAAGGUUUAGGUAAUAUGAUCAGAUACAACAAACUAAAACUGCUUCACAUAUUUUGCUGUCCUGAGAUUUAUGAUAUUGCUACUAUUGAGUUCCCUAGUUCAUUGAAAAUUUUGGAUUUCGUUAACAACUUCCAACCCGAUAGAAUAUAUGAGUUGUAUGAAGAAAAGCAACCCGAGUAUGUGAUUUUUUCUCAUAAAGGUUUACUGAUUCUAUUUUAUGGUCUUCCUCCAAACUUGGAAGUUUUAAGAAUUUGCGAUACCAUGCAAACUUUAGCAUUGGGAGCUACUGGGAUAUUAAAAUCACUCAAUUGUUUGGAACUCUGUAGUAUUGGUGAAAUUGAUUUAACUUGGGUUUUCCGUAAUUUACCAAACAACAUGUUUCAAAUCAUUAUUGAAGAUUGUCGAAUUGUGAAUUCAGAAAUUCCAGUUUUAUUUCCUGAACUGAAGCAAAUCAAAUUUUCAAACAAUCAAAUAUGUUUUAAUCCUUUCAAAACAAAUAUGAAUCAAUUGAAAUCGUUGGAAUUGUUGGAUAUAUCUGAUAACAAUUGUAGAAUUGGUUAUUGCGAGUAUCCAAUUGAUCCGCUCACAAUUUUAUCUGCUACGGAAGUAAAUACUAAAGAAAAAGUAUGUUUCAAAACACCUCACUUACAAAAUUUAAUCCUAAAAUUACCAGAUCCACUAGAUGACAGUGAUUGGGAGUCUUUGUCUCAAGCGUCAUCUGAUUAUAGUGAUGGUGAUUGUGAAUUUUCGCCUCAAGUGUCAUUUAAUUGUAAAAAUUUGACCAAAAUUAGAAUGAUAAAUUUACUUAUAAGCUGUUUGGAUCUCACUGAAUUUCCAAAUUCAUUGGAAGAAUUGAUAGUCAAGAAAUCAAAAGUUCGAACAAUUCACGGCAAGUUUUCUAAAUUCAAUAAAUUAAAAAUUUUAGAUUUACAAAAGAAUCAAAUUACUUUUAAAACGCUAGAACAUCAAAAAUUCCCAUCAAGUUUAGUUUAUAUGAAUUUAUCAAACAAUGAAAUUGAGGAUUUAACUUGUUUAAAAUUAGAAAAUUGUGUACAUUUGAAAGAUUUGAUUUUGGAAAAAGUAACUGGAAAAGAUGAACCAGAAGGUGCAAUGCAAUUAAAGGAGUUAUUUUUAAACCGUGAUGCUCCAAAAGCUAGUGCAAUCUUAACGAAUUAUGAUUUAAAAGUAAUUUUCAGAAUUGUUGAUGGAGUCAUAAAAAAAUCAACAUCUAAACAUAAAAAAAGAAGAAAUUGUUAA